AUGAAUAAGCGUGGUGCCAGUGGUAAAAAGAUGAAAAUUACUCUGGAUAUAAUGGGUGAACCGAACACAAAGACCACUUAUGCUAUAGGUGGAAUUGAGAUUUGCAAUCUGAACUGUGAAAAUGUUGUCAGUUUGCCCAUGGUGUACACAAAAGAUAAGAUGCCUAUUACCAUACGUCAUAUUCCUUCAAAGAAAGCUAUUUCUAGUUGGGCGCAUCUUCAUGAAAUUGAGCUGCCACAGAUAGAUGGAGAGGUAGGUUUACUGACAGGUAAUAAUGUGUCAGAUGCCUACUCGCCAAUCGAAAUAAUAACUGGACCCCAGAACAGUCCACAUGCUAUUAAGACACGACUUGGUUGGGUGUUGUGGAAUGUUAUUCGUGGUUCCAACUGCAAGGUGAAUGAAGAGCAAUAUCCUUGCUAUAGAGGAAAUGGAGCAGUUGUAGCGAUUGGAUGUAAUGGUACGACAAUCAAUAAACUUUUGAUUUUCCAGAAAAAAAGGAAAGAUGAUAAAAAGGAAUAUUGCCAAAAAGAUAAGAAGUUUGUUCAAAAAGUGAACAAAUCUAUAAAAUUGAUUGAUGGGCAUUAUGAAAUAGAUCUUCCCUUUAGAGAUGAAAAUGUAAAGCUACCUAACAAUCAUGAUCACGCCAAAGAGCGUAUGAUGGGUUUGAAAACGAAAAUGGAAAGAAAUUCAAAGUUUCAUGCAGAUUAUAAAGUCUUCAUGGACAAUAUUCUGGAUAAAGGCUAUGCUGAACGAGUUCCAGAUGAUGAGUUAUUUAAAGAUGAUGGACGGGUGUGGUAUAUACCUCAUCACGGAAUAUACCACCCACGUAAACCUGAAAAGAUACGAGUAGUGUUUGACUGUAGUGCCAACUACAAAGGUGUUUCACUGAAUAGUCUGUUGUUGCCAGGACCAGAUUUGAUUAACAAUUUGAUAGAUGUUGUGUUGAGAUUCAGACAAGAGUCAGUUGCUAUGAUGGGCGACAUAGAAGCAAUGUUUUAUCAAGUAAAAGUUCCCAAAAAGGACUCUGGCUGUCUUCGUUUCUACUGGUGGCCGAAUGGUGAUUACACACAAGAACCAGUUGCAUACAGAAUGUUAGUUCAUCUGUUUGGCGCUGUAUCGUCACCUAGUUGCUCAAACGCCGCACUACUUCAGACUGCUGUUAAUAAUGAAAACAAGUUUGACAAAGAGAUCAUAGACGUUGUUAGAAAGAACUUUUAUGUGGAUGAUUGUUUAACCUCUUCAGCCAAUGAAGAAAAUGUGAUUGACAUCAGAAUGAGUAAUACGGCUUGA